UUCUUUAUUGUGUCAGUGUAUCAGACAGUUACGCAGAGGAGGCACGCGUUUUAUCGUGACGCAAGUUUUCUCGGGACAGUGAUCUAGUUUUCGUUGCCUUGCCUCGGUCGUCGGCAGUGAAAGUUAAAUCAGCUGAGAUGGGACAUCGCCCCGGAACGCAUUGAGGGACGCACGAUGGCAUUACAGAAGCUAGCGUCAGUCGCGGGCCGGACAUAUACACACACGGUCCGCUGCACUGGCUCUUACUGCACGCUCGCGCUAAGGUUAUGUUUAUCAGCGAUUUCCGUACUCGCCCUGAGUAAGCCAGACUGAUAAUGUUACAGAAUCUGCGUCGCUAUGCGCCGCUUUACCCGGUUCUAGGAAUUCUGGGCGCGUGUGCUCAGGCGUUGACAGUCGUUCCUUCAUGCAAUUCCUCAAUUUAUUGCACUGGUGAACUUCUACACAGAGUGCAACUUGCAAGGAUAUUUCCCGAUUCGAAAACUUUCGUCGAUCUUAAGCUCGUUCACACUGAGAAUGAAACGCUUGCAGAUUUUGCGAAGCUAAUGCAAAAAACUGCCAACAAUCCAUCGCGGGAUCAAUUAGCCGGUUUCUUGGAUCAACAUUUCUUAGAUGGAAAUGAACUCGAACAGUGGCGGCCUCCUGACUUCAACCCGGAUCCACCUAUAUUAAAACAGAUUACUGAUCCGAAGCUUCGGGAAUUUGCAAAGAAUGUUAUAGGAUUUUGGGACAAGCUGGGUAGAAAAGUGAACCCUGAUGUCAACACGCAUUCCAAUCAAUACAGUUUCCUUUAUGUUCCUAAUGGGUUUAUUGUUCCCGGUGGUCGUUUUAAAGAGCUUUAUUAUUGGGAUUCAUUCUGGAUUAUACGCGGUCUCCUCAUUUGCAAUAUGACACAGACUGCUAAGGGUAUGAUAGAAAAUUUAUUGUAUUUAGUAGAAAAGUUCGGAUAUAUACCGAACGGGAGCCGAGUUUAUUAUUUAGGAAGAAGUCAGCCUCCGAUGUUAGCUGCAAUGGUAGCUAUUUAUUACACAUAUACCGAUGAUUUAGCUUGGUUAGAAAAACACCUGCCAACUGUCGAAAAAGAACUACAGUAUUGGUUAGAGAAAAAGAAAGUAACAGUAGAAGUAAAAGGCAAGCAUUAUGUACUGCUCCGCUAUUUUGCCGAUCGAUCUGGUAAAGGUCCACGACCAGAAUCAUAUUUUGAAGAUUACACCACUGCCCAAACUUUAGAAGAUGCUAUUAAAAGAGAAGAAUUUUAUGCCGAAAUGAAAAGUGCUGCAGAAAGCGGAUGGGACUUCUCAACACGGUGGUUUGUGACUGCCGGUCAAGAUGUCAUCGGCAAGUUAACUGAUGUGCACGCCUCUAGAAUUCUCCCGGUAGAUUUAAACGCCAUUUUUGCUGGAGCACUCGAACUAGUAGGCGACUUCCGGAAUAAACUAAAGGAUAGAAGAGAAGCUAAAAAAUGGUGGAGCCUAGCUAAAUAUUGGAGGAAUGCGAUAGAAAAUGUUAUGUGGGAUGAUGCGGAUGGUGUCUGGUAUGAUUAUGACGCUAAGGCGGAGGCACCUAGGCGACACUUUUAUCCAAGUUGCACUGCUCCACUUUGGGCUGGUGCUGUAGAGGAAUACGAUGCACCGCGAUACGCUGGCCGAUUAGUAAGGUACUUGCUUGCGUCGGGGGCUUUGGAUUUCCCCGGCGGCGUACCAGCGUCGAUCUUACACUCGGGAGAGCAGUGGGAUUAUCCAAAUGCCUGGCCACCUUUACAGAGCAUUUUGAUAGGUGGCCUCGAAGCCAGCGGCAACGAGGAAGCACAGAAACUAGCACAGGAACAGGCUGUUAUAUGGAUGCGUUCUAACUACUUGGGCUACAGUACAUGGCAAAAAAUGUUCGAGAAGUAUAGUGCCGUACAACCUGGUCACCAAGGCGGAGGGGGCGAGUAUCAAGUUCAGGAUGGCUUUGGAUGGACAAAUGGAGUUGUGCUAGAGUUACUUCAGAGAUACGGCAGAGAUAUUACCUUGCAUGAUCGGCGAGGUACUACAUUACCGUACGUACGCCAAGUAUUAUAGGUACGUAGUUUUAUAUGUGUAUACGCUACCAGUUAUUAUGAAUUGUUAAUAUUAUAUAGGUUGAGGCAGAUUCUAAUAUAAUAAAUAAGAUCAAUGUGAUAUUUACUGUAACGUUGCACGCAGAUAUUUAAAUUUUUUCUUAAA